GCUUUUGCUGUUGCUGUUGCUGUUGCCGUUGCUGUUGCUACUGCCGUUUCGUCUGUAUAUUUUUCUGAAUGGACCGAGUGAGGUGGGGUUGAAGUUGGAAUAUGUGGAUCAUCGAGUUCUGCAUGCGAGUGAUGACUUUGUGCUUCGAAACUGCGAUUGAGACGCGAUGAACGAACCCUAGUUAGCAUAGUGCACCACCCCGCAAGCAACCCCACCAAGCACAUCCAUCCAUCUCCGUCUGGCGAGUACGCGGGGUACCACCCACCACGACACUUCAUAGACCAUCACCCAGCUCGUCAUGUCCCUUCCCAACAAGCUGACCGGCAAGCCCGCCGAGAUCGGGGCGUUCCUGGACCGCUUCGAUGUGUUCCUCUUCGACUGCGACGGCGUGCUCUGGCGCGGCGACAAGCUGCUCCCGCAAACGGUGGAGACGCUGGAUAUGUUGCGGUCUAAGGGCAAGCAGAUCAUCUUCGUCACCAACAACAGCACGAAGUCGCGCGCGGCAUACAUUUCCAAGUUCACGUCGUUCGGUAUCCCCGCCGCCGUGGACGAGAUAUUCGGCAGCGCGUAUUCCGCGGCGAUCUACAUCUCUCGCGUAUUGUGUUUGCCGAAGGACAAGCGGGUGUACGUGAUCGGCGAGGUCGGGAUCGAGGAGGAGCUCGAGUCCGAGGGCGUGCAAUUCUUUGGCGGGACUGAUCCCGACGAGGAUCGCAGGGUUUCGGCAGAGGAUCAUACGGCCUUCGGCCCGGAUGACAGUGUCGGCGUCGUCCUGGUCGGACUAGAUCAUGGGGUUAAUUAUAGGAAGAUUGCGAGGGCGUAUCACUUCCUGCAGAACCCGGACACGAGGUUUCUCGCCACGAAUAUCGAUAGCACUUUUCCGACGCCGGGCGGGCUGUUUCCUGGCGCUGGGACCAUGAGCGCCCCGCUUAGCUUUAUGCUCGGGGGGAGGCAACCGCUAAGUCUCGGCAAGCCGAGUCAGGCGAUGAUGGAUGCUAUUGAGGGGAGGUUUAGGUUCGAUAGGAAGCGCGCGUGCAUGGUGGGCGAUAGGAUCAAUACCGAUAUCAAGUUUGGCGUUGAGGGUGGGCUGGGUGGUACCCUCGGCGUGCUCACGGGUGUGUGUAAGGAGCAGGAGUUUUUAGAUGGCUUGGAUGGGGUUAGGCCUGAGGCGUAUGUUGACAGUCUGUGCGAUUUGCUGAGUUAGAUGGUGGUAAGAUAGACGCAUAUAUCACGGUACUCGAUAGAUGUGGACAAUAGAAU